AUGAUACUAAUAAUUAAAAAUAUUACUACAGAUUUCUCUGUGUUAUUGUCCUCAGAUUUCGAUAAAACUUGUGAUAAAAGUGGAACUCCAUCAUAUGUUAUAGCCCUAUCAAUUGUUUUACCAGUUUUUGGUAUAUGUGCUAUUGUGAUUCCAAUUGUCUACUAUAGAAAUCAUCAAAAAGGGAAAAAACUAUAA